AUGAGCAACGACACGCCCACGCCCAUCUCGGACGACGAAGUCGUGGCCCUUACAAAGGCUGCCUUCGAGCACUCCCGCCAGGAUAUCACCCAACGCGCCGCCGCAGAGGCGCCCCGCGAGUUGCAGCAGCAGCCCGGAAUCACCAUCGACCUGGGCCACAAGAACAUUGCCCGCCUGCCCGACGAAGUCAUCGAUGUCAUACGGACAGAGAUUGAGAGGCUCGCCCUCUCCCACAAUCUCCUUGCCACCCUCCCCUCCCGCCUCAUUGAAUGCAAACGCCUCCGUUAUCUCAAUGUGCGCUACAAUGCCAUGCGCGAAAUCCCCGAUGCCAUCCUCGAGAUGACCUCGCUGGAAAUCCUCGACGUCAGCCGGAACAAGAUCCGGUCUGUCCCCACCAAGAUUGCAAACUUGACCUCGCUCAAGGUGCUGGCAAUUGCAAAGAACAAGAUUGAGGAACUGCCCGUAUGUCUGGGAGAGAUCAACAGCCUGCAAGUCCUCAAGCUCGACGGCAACCCGCUGGUCUUCCCGCCGCCCGAAGUGUGCACCAUCAAGGACAAUGCCCCCUCACCCGCAAACGAGAACGAACGAGAUGCCGUCAUAGCUACGCAGGUCAAGCGGUUUAUGCGCCAACACAUAUCCAGAGAACGCCAGCGGGUUGAACUAGAAAGAGUGCGAGUUGAAUCUUCGGGAGACGAGAGCUGGACCGAGAGCAACCCAGAAACUCCCCGCCCCUCGAAACGAGCGAACGGUGGACGCUUCCCGGUGCGACCGAGCCUAGGCAACAUAGAGGGCUUCUCUGACCCCAAGCCCGACUCUCCCGGACAUGCCAUUCCGCCCAUCCCAGUUCGUUCCCACUUUCGCGUUGCGUCUACGACAAGUAAUGGUGCUAGUACCGGCAUCACUGUUACCAAGAGGCCUCCGGUUGCUCCCCUAAUCUUGACGAAUGUCAACAACGAGCGUAACCGUAGCCAGAGCGAAGGCUCCGGUCCCUCGUCGCAGCGCCAGAAGCGUAUGGGCAUUUACACUAACAAGACAUCUGAGCUGGCAUCAGUCAAUGAGUUGCGACAAAGCAAUCAUUUCCGCGGCUUCAGCCAGGGUGUCCUGGUUCCUGCUAAUGCUGCUUCGAACGGAUUUUCUGCAUCUGGAGCCUAUGAAGACACUGGUACUGUCCGAUAUCUCGCAAACCGUCCGCUCUCUGAUGUCCGUGAACACCGACGUGGGUCACGUGCGCCUGAUAUUGUUGUCGAAGCGGCAAAAAACUUCCUCUAUGCUAUUUCCCAGCUCCACGAUUGUGUCUCGCACAUGGUACGUUCAAUAAAGCUGACAGCUAAGACCAAAGAAAGUUUGCGUCGCAAAGAAGACUUCUAUCGCAGGUACUCGACUACCUAUCUCAACAUCCGAGCACUGAACGAGGUCCUGCACAAAUUUGACACACUAGUCGAAGAGGACGAAGAAGAGGCGCAGAAGUUGUCGAGAAGUGUGUACAUGUACGCGCUGAGGUGUCUCGAUUCCUUCAUGUCCAUUACUCUUUCAGUUGCCGAGAAUCGCAUCGAGAUUGCUCAAAACGCGAAUGCGCGUAUCAUGCGGACUUUUGUGCUUCUCCAACAAGGAAGUUUGAUCGAGAUGAGGAAUGCUUGUUCAAUACUAGGUGCACAGUUCAGAGACACUUCUGCUGCAGCAACGAGGCCCACUGGACCCGAUAAUCUCGCCACAGUACGCGCGCGACCGUCAAGAGCUCGUCGCUUCCCGACAUCACCGCCGCAGCAGCGGAACGGAUGGCAAAUGCCCCCACCAGUCAUUCUCCAUAGCAACGAAAACAGCCGAUCAAAUACCCUGACGAGCAUCAGUGCCGCAACCCCUCGCUCGGGAGGCUCCUUUUCCACCACUGCGCCAGGCAUGACACGAUCUAAUACGCUUACUAGCAGCUUUGAUGAAACGGACGAAGACGCUCAGUUUGACAGAAUCUAUACAAAGCUCCGGAACGCAUCCGAAGGCUGCAGAAACUCCAUGGCUCAGAUUACGCGCAUGAUGCGAGAGCAGUUUGAUAGUCUGCGGCGUGAUCUCGACUCUGAGGACCCUCGAAUUAAGGCAUUAGCGAACCUCAUUGACAAGAGCAACGAAGUCCAACAAAUGGCAAACCCUCUUGCAACUCGCCUAUCACAGAUGCAGCUCAAAGACAAUUAUACCCGGGACCAGCCUGAGUUUUGGCAGCAAUGUAUGGGUUUCGUCAAGGCUUGGCAGGAACUCGCUGCAGCAUACACCCAGCAGGGUAGAGAACACAAGCUACUUACUAGCGAAGUCAAACAGCUCAUGCGGCCGCUGCACAAGAUGGUCAAAGAAGCCAGUCUGGCUAUCAACGAUAGCCCAUGGUCACACCUUACUAGUAACAACAUCGGUAUGAUGGGUCCACCGAGCCUAGCAUCGUUCACAUCACGGACCCAACCACCCAAGGUUCUACAUAAGCCUAACGGAACUAUGUCAUCGAGUGGCGGACCAUCGUUCCCUGGCCCGAUCAACACAGCAAUACCUGCAAUGGGAUCUGUCUUCUCUGGACAACCUUAUUCUACAGCGAGCUUCGGAUCGCAGGGGUCGGGCGGAUACAGCACGCCAGUUCCUGCGACGCCAUUGAGUGCUGCGCUGGGUGCGGCGGCCCAAGCAACUAUCCCAAAUACACCCAGGAUGCCUUCACAAGGUUCCAACACACUCAACGUCUUCGAGCGUGCUGAUCGCCUAUUAAGUCAAACAAGCCGACGCAUAUGA